AUGGCUCUCAUCAAUGACUCUUUCGUGACUGAAUUCAUUCUGUUGGGAUUAACAGACCAACUAGAUCUCCAAAUCCCUCUGUUUCUCUUGUUCCUUUUAAUAUAUAUGUUCACAAUUUUGGGAAAUUUGGGUUUGAUAACAUUAAUUUGGUUGAAUCCACACUUACACACCCCCAUGUACUUUUUCCUCUUUAACUUAUCCUUUAUAGAUUUCUUUUAUUCUUCUGUGUUUACACCCAAAAUGCUGAUUAAUUUUAUAUCAAAGAAGAAUAUUAUCUCCUAUGCAGGGUGUAUGACUCAGCUUUACUUUUACUGCUUUCUAGUCAUUUCUGAAUGCUACAUGCUGACAUCAGUGGCCUAUGAUCGCUAUGUGGCCAUCUGUAACCCGCUCAUGUACAAUAUUGCCAUGUCUCCUAAGGUGUGUUGCAGUCUGAUGCUUGGUUCAUACACAAUAGGGUUUUCUGGAGCCAUGGCUCACACAGGAAGCAUGCUGAGACUGACCUUUUGUGAUGCAAACAAGAUCAACCAUUAUUUUUGUGACAUCCUCCCUCUGCUUGAGCUUUCUUGCACCAGCACCUAUGUCAAUGAGCUGGUAGUUUUCAUUGUGGCAGGCAGCAGCAUCAUCGUGCCCACUGUCACCAUCUUUAUCUCUUAUGGCUUCAUCCUCUCCAGCAUCCUUCGUAUCAACUCCAAGGAGGGCAGGUCCAAAGCCUUCAGCACCUGCAGUUCCCACAUCAUGGCUGUUUCUCUCUUUUUUGGCUCAGGUGCAUUUAUGUAUCUCAAGCCCUCUUCUGCUGGGUCUAUGGAUCAAGGAAAAAUCUCCUCUGUCUUCUAUACCAAUGUGGUUCCCAUGAUGAACCCUUUAAUUUAUAGCUUGAGGAAUAAGGAUGUUAAAGUUGCUCUGAGAAAAACCCUGUGCCGGAGAAUGGUUUGA